ACUAAAUAUACACCAGAUUAAUAUCACUAUAUCCCUCUACUUGUCCCAGUGGACUAGUAUCAGGAUGGCCCGUGGUCCGGAGUAUAUAGUUAUAUCCCAUCUCAGCCGUGUUUGUCGGUUCUCCUUGCAUUCUUUCUGUUUUAUCUUUAAGUAGCAAAAAUAGUAAAGAUGCAGCUCCUCACAACUCUGUUGCUUGCCGCAACGGCGGUACAGGCCCACUACACAUUCCCGCGACUUGUCGUCAAUGGCAAGUCCGAGGAUGCAGACUGGUCUGCCACGCGCAAGACCAAGAAUGUCGAUAGCAAGACGGGUGUCUUGAGCGCAACGAGCCCGGAUAUCCGCUGCUACUCCUCGCAGAACGCGGCCAACAUCAUGACUGUGCCUGCUGGCUCAACCAUCCACUACAUUUCGACGCAGCAAGUGAACCACCCUGGUCCUACCCAGUAUUACCUAGCCAAAGUCCCCGAGGGCAAGAGUGCCUCGAACUGGGAUGGUUCUGGCAGCGUCUGGUUCAAGAUUCACACGACGAAGCCGACUAUGGACAAGAACAAGCAGCUCACCUGGCCUGCGCAGAACGAGUACGUGUUGACCAAUGCAACCAUACCCGCUGCUACACCCGACGGAGAAUAUCUGCUUCGCGUGGAGCAAAUUGCGUUGCACCAGGCCAUGCAGGCGAACGGCGCCCAGUUCUAUCUCGCAUGCACUCAGAUCAAGAUCACUGGAGGUGGAAACGGGACGCCCGGCCCUCUUGUUGCUCUGCCAGGAGCCUACAAGUCUAAUGACCCGGGCAUCCUAGUCAACUUGGGCACUAUCCAGCCAGACUCCUAUAUCCCUCCGGGCCCUGCCGUAUGGAGUGGUUAAGCAUACGUAGCCGAGGAAUGCCCUCGAUAAUAAACAAUGGCCUCUGCUUUUCAGUUGAACUCAGGCUAGUAAAAGCUAUUAAAAAGAAC